UUAGAGGGAACAAAUAGAGAAAGAGAGAGAGAGAGAUUUCAAAUAAAUACAAGGAAUGAAUGCAGAGUAAAGGAAUGCGAAGCAGCCAGUAAGAGAAGCGUUUGUAAAUAGAGGGAAUGCCUACAUAGAGACACAAAAGUUAACUCGAAGCGAACAGCAGAGCCCACUGCAUUCUCCCCUUCUGCUGCUCACCAGAACUUGUUUUUAUUACUCCCCCCACCCCUCCGCCCCCAGCACCACCAACCCAAGUGAAAAAAGGGAAGAGAAAAGAAGAAAAUAUAGAGGGUGAAAAUGGGAUCGAAUUACACCUUAUGGCCGCCAAUGCAGUUGGCUGAGAAGGAAGAGCAGAACUGGAGCAUCGCAAUGACGAAGCUCGCUCUGACUGAGAAGUCGAGCACGGAACAGGGGCAAAACAGUAAUUUAUCCUACACCAUGAAUUCGCAGAAGAGUGAGAAAAUGGAGGACUACAUCUCUCUAAACACUUGCAACAUUUGGAAUUCGGGGCAAAAUGGUAACAUUGGGGGGUAUUGUGAGAAGAGAUACAACAAUAAGACAUUGCCUGCUUCAGAGAUGCUGCCGAGGAGUGAGAGGUUGGGGGGCUACAUUUUUGUGUGCAACAAUGAUACCAUGCAAGAGGACCUCAGGCGCCACCUCUUUGGGUUGCCACAGAGAUACAAGGACUCAGUGAGGGAAAUAACUCCAGGAUUACCACUCUUCCUCUACAACUACACCUCCCACCAACUCCAUGGUGUCUUUCAGGCUGAUAGCUUUGGAGGGUCCAACAUAGAUCCCACAGCAUGGGAGGACAAGAAAUGCAAAGGAGAGUCCAGGUUUCCAGCACAGGUGAGAAUCAGGGUGAAGAGACGGUGCAGGCCUCUGACAGAAGAUGCCUUCAGGCCCGUCCUGCACCAUUACGAUGGCCCAAAGUUCAGGUUGCAGCUCUCCAUCAAAGAGGCGUUGGCACUGCUGGACUUGUUCACCGAGGAUGCAAUAACCCUCUAUGAUCAAUGAAAGAGAAGAUCCUCAUAAAAGAUGGAGACUGUGAUCUGUUUAGAUAAAGGAGAGGGAGAACAUUCUGCCCAACUAUAGAAUGAAGCAAUGGCCGUGAAAAUGUGGAACGUUGGACUGUUUUCAACUUCUGAUCAGUAUUUAUGUACUUCGAUAAGAAUCAAAUUUCCAGCCUCCUUUUAUUGAAUCGACAAGAAAUGGAAACUCUGAAGAUAGUUUCUCUUAUAGUCUUA